AUGGAUCCUGGAGCUUUAGAGGAUGAAUUAACCUGUUCGGUGUGCCUCCGCGUGUACCAAGACCCCGUGACAUUACCCUGUCAGCACAGUUUCUGCUUGAAUUGUAUUGAAGGAGUGUGGGCCCAGACAGCAGGGCCAAGAAAGUUUGAGUGUCCUGACUGUCACCGGAAAUUCAAGCACAAGCCCACUUUGGAGAGAAACGCCACGCUGUAUAACAUAGUGGCAAAAUACAAACAGACACAGUCUCCUGCUGAUUCACCCAACGUAUAUUGUGAUAAUUGUGAUGAUAAACCAUUCCAAGCUGUGAAAACGUGUCUUACUUGUUUAGCUUCCUUUUGCUUCCUUCAUUUAAAACCUCAUUUGAGGAACAAGGCCUACCAAGAUCACACCCUCAUUGAACCUGGGCUUGACGUUACAGUGACGCAAUGCAAUGACCAUAAGAAGAUCCUAGAGUUUUACUGUGAAGAUGACGCUCUAUGUGUAUGUGUUUACUGUACAAUAGUAGGGAAGCAUAAAUCCCACACACUGCUGAGCCUCGAUCAGGCACAAGCGACAGUUAAGGAAGAAUUGGAAGCAGAAAUUGAAAGACUACAGACAGACCAGGAAAUUUAUUCCAGGAAACAGCGAGAUUUGGAGAAUUCAGAAAUUGACAUUAAGACACAGAUCAAUGAUCUGAAAGAAAAUCUACUGAAGAGCUUCUCUGAAUGGAGGAAAAAGCUGGAAGAAGAUGAAGAGUCCACCAUGUCACUGAUUGAUGAGGAGGGUCGCCGAGCUCUGUCACAGAUUAGAAGCUGUUCUGAAGCAUUGAAGAAGAGAAUGGAACUGAUAACAUUAAUAAAUAAGGAAACCCAGAAUCUGGUACAAAGAGACCAUCUGUCCUUUAUUCAGAACUCAAGGCAACUGAUUUCCAGAUCGAAUGAGACUCAGAGAAUCACAUUACUAACUAUAUCAGAGCUCGCUAUGAACCUGCCCAGUAUUUCUCAAUUUAUCCAGAAGAGACUGAAUGGAUGGGAAAAGUACCAGUCAGACAUUUUGCGAAUUGUUGUACCAGACUCCACCAAAUAUAGAGAGACACUGAACGCAACUCCAUCCCUAGACAAUUCUUCCGGAACAGUUCCCAUCUCGGAAAAUGUCCUCCAUCUAGCCACUGGAAUCAACAGAAGAGCAGGAUUAUCUCAAGGGAAAAGCUCAUUGAGCCUGGAUCCAAAGACAGCAAACUGCAACUUGGUUCUGUCUGAUGAUCUGAGAUCGGUAACAUGGACCCAAACUGAACAGUCCUACCCGCAUCACCCAGAAAGGUUUAAAGAUUGUCCCCAAGUCCUCUGCUCCCAGAGUUUCUCCUCAGGGUCCCAUUCCUGGGAUGUGCAGACUGAUGGGGAAUACUGGAGAAUAGGGAUUGUUUAUGAGAGCAUAGACAGAGAGGGGGAAAUGUCUUAUCUUGGAAACAGCCAUAAAUCCUGGAGUUUGGAUUUUAUUGCUGGUUAUCUUACAGCCCGGCAUAACUCACAGUUCACAGUCCUUCCACUACUUCCAUCUGCAAACAGGAUCCGAGUUAAUUUAGACUAUGAGGCUGGGACUUUGUCAUUUUUCCAGGUCACUGACUCACUGAAACAUUUAUACACAUUUCAAUCCACAUUCACUGAACCUGUGUUUCCAGCAUUUUAUAGUUGGGACAAAUCCCUAAAACUGUUAACUCAUUCUGAUGACUGA